UAGUUAAAUUGGAAAAAACUUUUAGAGCACAAGGACUCACGACGUAGAAGAAGACUUGGUAAAUUCAGUGCCUCUAAGGCUGACGCAUAGGAGUAGUGAGGAAGGAUAAACUUAAGGGCUCUUUUCUGAAUAAAAUCCAAUCUAUCACUAAGACAUAAAGGAAGGGAGAAGUGCCCGACAAUACAACGAUAAUCAAGAAGAGGUCUAAUGAGAGUGAAAAAAACAGUAACAAGAUCGGUUGUGCUCACAUUAGAACAUCUGAGAAUACGGAGGAUAUAGAGUCGCUUGACAACUUUAGGCACAAUGGAAUCUAUUUGUGCAUUCCAGCGAAGAUCUGAUUGAAGGGUUAGGCCCAGAACCUUGUGAGAGAAAACAGAGUCAAAUGGCUUACCGUUAAUGGUGAUAACUGGUAAAACUGGCUGUUCCUGGAAGAAACAUAUGUGCAUAAUCUUACAUUUAGAUGGGAAUGACUCAUGUUAUUGUCGACAGCCCUCUGGUGAAUUCUGUCCAAAUCAGACUGCAGACAAGACGACUGCCCACGAUUGAGUGUAUCAGACAGGGUAAUAUCUUCGACAUACUUCCAACGAUUACAGCCUAAUUAGGUAGAAAAACCCAAAGCAUUGAGCAUUAACAGAAUGAGGAUAGGUCCUAACUUAGUCCCCUGAGGAACUUCAACAGUGAUAGGAAGCCAUGAUGAAAUAAUGUCAUUGAUCUUUACAGCUUGUUGUCGUUUCAAAAAAGAUAAAAAGCUACAAAUCCAGGAAAUAAAAGAACGGUGUACACCAAGAUUAAUUAACUUCCGCACAAGAAUAGUGUGGUCAAUACGAUCAAGGGCCUUAGUAAAGUCAAGGAAACACCCAUAUAGGUAACGAACAGGCUUGCCAAGAGCUUUAAGCCAAUGGUGCAGAGGUCGACAAGGCAGAGGGAUGUUGAAGAGCCUUUUAUAAAACCAAACUGAAGAAGGUCAAUUUUUUGCCAAUGUCUUCAUACAGCCUCUUCACAGCAAAGUCUUCUUGGAUUUUUGACAGAGUAGGACUGAGAGAAUUACGUCCAAGGUCGUUUUCAGACUGCACUGGAAGAGUUUUUGGAAUAGGUGAUCUAAACGAUUGUUUUCACGACUCUGGAAAAAAACCAGACUCAAUUGAGCGGUUGAACAACUCAGUAAUCGGAUAUGCUAGCUCGUCAGGGAAUUCUUUCAAUACUCGGUGAAGAAUACCAUCUGGAGCAGCAGCUUUAGAGACUAGUAUUUGCCAACUUAGACUUGAUUUCAUAAACAGAAAUAACAGGAAGCUGUUUUGGUGCAGGGAGGAAAGCAGGAAAGCGUACAAUAUAUCGCUAUUUGAUAAGACUAUUUGUCUAUCUUCCUUGUAGAAGGACUCUAGAAUAGGCUGUAAAACUUUUAGUAAUGUGUGUGACAUCUUUUUAAAUGUGCCAUUUAAUUUUUUUUUGUUUUUGGGUCUUGUUUUCUUUUGAUUUGUUUUGUGUUUUUUUUUUGUCAAGUUGCUGGCUUUCUAGCGAAAACGGUCUAAUCUGGAUUUUCAUUGUCUUUGUUUUGCUGAUUGGAUUGCUUAACCUUGUGAUCCUUGUACGGGUUAUCAGGGAGAUGACGACAAUGCAUCAAACCAAGGACAACCAAUCUGAAAAAAUCAGGCUUGGCAUAAAAGCAUGCUUGGUAAUGAUUCCUCUCUUGGGUGUCACGUGGCUGUUUGGUGUUCUAUCUUCAUUACACAAAGCUUUUGCAUAUAUUUUCACGAUUUUCAACUCAACUCAGGGCUUCAUGAUUUUCUUCCUGCACUGCGUGAGAAACACGGAGAUCAGAAGUCGUUUCAAAAGAAAGCUCCACUCCAUUUUCCCAUCGGCAGACAAUGGAACCAAUAUCAAAAGAAGCUCUGAAGGAAAUGAAACUGCCAGCGGCAAUAUCUCCAUAAAGAAGACUAUAGCUAAACAUAGUGUUGUGACCGAAAGAAGAAAUGACGGCUCAGAGAAAACCUCUUGUCUAUAAUUUUUUAUGCAUAUACUCAAAUAUGACACUGGCUAGUUUAUAAUUGGCAGGAAAGUAGUAUUCCCCAAAUUUUCUCAAUAAAUCAUGAUCAACAGAAGCAAAGAUUUAAUGGCAAAUGAAUACAAUACGAAAACGCUACACCUUAGGAAAGGAAAUACGACUUGCUUAUUGUACCAGCAGGGGGAUGUUGACCACCCUAGAUCAACCAAUUUUGGUUGCAAGAGUCGCGUGUGUAAUUGGUGACCAUGCCAAUUGUAGUGUUAAUUAUUUCCUUUGAAUAAUUAAGGAGCAACGCAUCCCUUUAUUAUAAAAUUAUUUUGGACGAAUACCCAGAGUGCGACACUUUGGCAUAUUGAGGAGACUAAAAGGAUUAAAAUCAUUCGUAUUCUGCUAAAUAAUAAUUUGAAAAAUGAUAAUGAUGUAAUGUAACGAUAGGCAUUUAAGUUAUCGAGUUUUUAUGCUAGUGUUAAAAAUUAAAUAAAAUUUAACGUAGAAAAUGAGAUUUUUCUAACUUCAGCAAAGCGUAAAGGCUACCAGUUCUCAUUCAGUAAGUCUUAAGCAGUUGUUAUUAGAUCAUAAUUGUAGCUAGUGUUAAACUGUAACCGCCACCUGUCAUGACCUUUUGUGUAGUUGUUAUCCACUAGAGCUUUUCCAAAAUCUCCUAAAAGGAGAAAUUCCUGCCUAGCAGUUGUAGUAUAUUACGUGAUCCUUUAGAUAAUUUGUGGCAUAACCUAAUCCUUUGUACUUUAGGCUUAAAUAGAGCUGUUUUGCAAGGCUUUCUUUGGCCAAGCCAGUUCUGGCCAGGACACACUCACUCAGGUCAAGCCAGGUUAGACUCAGUUUGGUAAAAAACCAGUCAGUUUAGUAGUGUUUACAGAACAAAUCUAUGCUGAAGCCAA